AUGUAUCACCAGAGCCCACCAGCUGAGGCUGCACCUGCUGUGCUGACAUCAUCAAUUGCAAUAAAAAAUCGUAGAUGGUUUUCCGCAGUUCCAUUAAUUGCUGUAUGCUGCCUCGGGAUACUGGGUUUGCUAUUAGCAGCAACUAUUAUUUUAGCCUUGAUACCUGUAUAUCUGCCAAAACGUGGUGGUGGAAGAGUGGCAGUUCAAUCAUCAUCGCAAUUUUUUCUGGUAUAUACAAUAAUUAAUGAUCAAAGAAAACGAGAAACACAGAAAAAAAGUGAAUAUUUUGAUCAUUCAAAAACUAGUUCUACAUCACAAGAAAAACAGAAGACAGCCGUUCAACUUUCUUAUACAUACAAUUUUCAAUCAAAUCAAGCAAAAAUUGUUGUUGAUAAACUGGUAUUUUUAUCAUCAUUUGUUAUCCCAUUUCAUCUAGGCUAUGAGCCACUGUGUGCAUCAAAAUCAUGUCAGCAAGAUCUGAAAGAGAAGUGUCAACAACGGUUCAAUGCAGGAUUAGGCACCCAAAUUUUAUUUACAUUCACUGAUGAUAAUGGACGUUUAUUCACUUUUAAGGCAGCACUAUCAUCUGCUUGUAAGUGAAGAUUUAUUGAGGUUUCAGAGAAAAGGGAGUAUCUCUUUUGUUUUAAGCACAAAACCCACCACCAAUCUCUGGGAGCACGGUUACAGCUGCAAAAUCAAAAGGUUAGUAAGCCUUUUUUUAGAAUAACAUUAGGUAAGGGUGCUUUAAAACUGAUUUUUUGAUAUAAUUAUGUAUGGCGAAGACUCCUUUGGGCCAGAAACUGAAAAGCUUUUUAUAUAGUAAGAUACCGGAAACAUUAGUAAACAAAUGUCUUCCGUAGCAAAGGUCUGUCUGUCAUUUUCCUUUAUUCCUCUGACGAGAAAUAAUCGUUCUUGAUUCUAUUUCUAGAUGGAUAAGAAUUGCUAGAUUAAUUGAACCGUAAUGACUACUCAAUUAAUUAUACAGGUCAAAGGCUUCGAUGAUUGAUGUUCUUUGUGACGUGCUAGAUAAAGACGCAAGCCCUUUCUACUUUUCUUCUCUCCCUUGCGAUGAUAGUUUCAUCAAUAAUAUCGAGAUCCUAAAUUCUUGGAAAAUGUCGAAUUAUUCAUUAAUUUAACUAGAAUUAUAGAGUUAAAAUUAUUAAGAUGAAUAAGGCACAAAUAAUACAAAAACGGAACAAUCUUUUUCUUAACUAAUUAUACAUCAUUCGAUAAAACUCGUCGAGCUGACCAAGAAUAUGUAGUCAGUGACUUUUCCAAACAAUGUUUUCGUGUCAAAAAAUUUCUAAAAAACGACCGUGUCGACAGAAGUACGAAUUUUCGGCUUGUAUUUGCAAAGUUGAAAUCUUCAAACUAUUUUUUUCCGAUUUUGCCCGAAAAACUGAAUUAGAAAAAGGUAUUAGAUUUACUUCGAAGGUAUGGAACCAAGUUUCAUAUCCAUUUUUUGAUUUGCCUUGAAUCCAGCUUUAAAAGUACUGUUCGCUUUUUUAUUUAUUUUGCUUUAUUACUGUGAAAAUACAAUUUUUCUGAAUCAAGAGCAAAAAGAUCAGAAUUCUGCCCGUAAUUCGGUAUCAGAACUCACUUUUUACGCGACAAAAGUAUAAUAUUCGGAGUCAGCGUCGAAAACCGAGUCAAAUGAUGCACUUUUUUAUCCCCCAAAAUAAGUCGAUUUUACAGCUAUCAAAAAGAGAAAAAGGUAUCGGGUCGACUGCUCUACGAUAUGUUCCUACCACUUUCUAAACAAUUUUAGUAUCUUAAAGAACCAAAAAUAUUUAUUGAAAAGCCGAAAAUGAUGUUUUCUUCUACUUCAUAUACCGCUUUUGGUUCUCAAUUCGAAAUAAAAAUUUAUUUUUAACUUAGCUGGUUUUGAAAACAACAAUGAAAAGAUGAAAAAACUUUAAAUUUGCUUGAGAUUUUAUCGGGAUAAUAGUUACUUUACAGGGGCGUUUAUGAUUAUAGCAUUUUAAGAUAACAAUAGGCAGCACUGUUUUGAAACUUCCGAUACAUAGUGGAGAAAAUUCUCUUUCUCUGAUAAGUCAGAAAAGCUGGAAAAUAUAAAACUUCUGAGGCUGACAAUUCUCAGCCUAUGACAAGAUGAUGUAACGAAGUUAAGAUGAGGUAAGAUAAGGGAAGGGAAGAUAUACUCUGUUAGGAUCCUGGAGAGAUCCUAAGACGGAAGAAGACAGCCCGGUAGUGUAAUGGCAGUACGUCCGACCGGUAAUCGGAAGGUCUGGGGUUCAAUUCCUCAGUCGGGCAGUGGUCUUUUUCCGU